AUGGGGGUCCCCCGGCCGUGGGGGCUCGGUGUACUGCUGCUCCUCCUGCCCGGGACGCUGGGUGCAGACAGCGAACUCUCCCUCCUGUACCACCUCACGGCCGUGUCAACCCCUGACGAGAGGACUCCUGCCUUCUGGGUCACGGGCUGGCUGGGCCCACAGCAGUACCUGAGUUAUAACAGCCUGCGGGCCGAGGCUGACCCAUGUGGGGCGUGGGUCUGGGAAGACCAGGUGUCCUGGUACUGGGAGAAGGAGACAGUUGACCUGAGGCACAAGGAGAAGCUCUUCCGUGAUGCUCUCCAAAUCCUGGGAACAACCGCUCCCCAGGUCAUGCAGGCUCUGCUGGGCUGUAAGUUGGGCCCAAACAAUGUCUCGAUACCCACGGCCAAGUACGCCCUGAAUGGUGAGGACUUCAUGACCUUUGACCCCAAGCUGGGCAACUGGAGUGGAGAGUGGCCUGAGGUAGACGACAUUAACAAGCUGUGGACAAAAAACGAAGAGGACGUCAGUAACGAGAAGACCUUCUUGCUCAGUUCCUGUCCUGAACGGCUGUUGGGCCACCUGGAGAGGGGCCGAGGGAACCUCGAGUGGAAGGAGCCGCCCUCCAUGCGCCUGAAGGCCCGGCCCAGCAGCCUCGGCGCGGGCUACUCCGAGCUCACCUGCAGCGCCUUCUCCUUCUACCCCCCGGAGCUGCAGCUUCGAUUCCUCCGCAACGGGCUGGCGGCCGGCUCCGGCGAGGGCAGCGUGGGCCCCAACGGCGACGGCUCCUUCCACGCCUGGUCGUCGCUGCAGGUCCAGAGCGGGGACGAGCACCACUACCGCUGCGUGGUCCAGCACGUGGGGCUGCCGCAGCCCCUCACCGUGGAACUGGAAUUGUCAGCCCGGUCCUCGGUGCCCGUGGUUGCCAUUGUUGUCAGUCUCUUGCUGCUCAUAGUGGUGGCGGCGACAGGAGGUGCUCUGCUGUGGAGGAGAAUGCGAAAGGGGCUGCCAGUGCCUUGGAUCUCCUUCCGUGGAGACGACGUCGGGGCGCUCCUCCCCACCCCUGGCCUGUCCCAGCAGGCUGACAGUCAGGAUUCAAACUCACUCACAGGCACAGCCUGA